AUGGAUCAAUUGACGGUAGCAGAGAGAUAUAAGAUUGCAAUUCGAUCAUAUCGAGAAAUAUCCGACUCCAUCGAAAGAAAAGAUUCUCCAACCUAUCAAUCUAAACUAGCAUCCUUAAUUCAAGAAUUUACCCUCAUUUUAAAAAUCAUUGACAAUCUUUCAUUAUUCAGUGAAAAUGAAACAAUAGAUGAAAUAACCACAAACUACAUCCCAUUCCUCAAUGUUCAAUAUUAUAUUGGUGACUUAUACACCAGUUCAUUAAUGAACAAGAAUGGAGAGAUUGAUAUUGGCAAUAAAUUACCUAAUUUAACUACGGCAAAAGAUCACAUAAUCAAUUAUUUGAUUGGAUUAUCAAAUUAUAAAAUCCUAAAUAAACCCCAAUCAGAUCUCGUCAACAUCCUCAAACGAGACCCAAACACUACUGAACUCACAACUGUAAACCCUACAACCAGGCGACAAGAAAAGAUUGAAAAUUUCAAAUAUGAACGAGAAUUGACCACCAAACUAAAAAUCCUCGAUGAAUACUAUUCUUCCAAAGAUGAUGAAAACAACGAAUUCUCAAAACUAGAUGAAGAAAUCGUCCGUGAGAUAUUCAUUGAUCAAAUCAGAUUAUACGCCCUAAAAUCAUUCAAUUUACUCCAAUCCAUCUCAAUGGAAUCACAAGUCCUCAAAUCCAUGCCCGCCAAAACCCCUUCUUCCCAACAGCCAUCAUCACAAGUUCCAGAAGAUAAGCGAGCACCCACCCGAGAGAACGAUUAUGGAUUCACAACAAGAUUAGAAUCCUUACCUCAAUCCACCACUAAUAAAAUCUCCGAUUUCUUGUCGGGGUCAGGCAAGAUCCUAAAACCAUUCACCAUCACUUCGGAGAGACAAAGGUUGAAGGAUAAAGUCAUGGGAACUGGACAAGUAUUGCCUUCGAUGACGGUGGAGGAAUAUUUGGAUUAUGAAUUGAAGAAUGGGAAGUUGAUGAAGGAUGAAGUGAAGGAUAAACCCCAGGGUAGUGAGGAUGAAGAAGAGCUUGAUUCGGAUGAGGAAUUAGAGAAGAGGAGGUGGGAUGAUUGGAAGGAUGAAAAUCCAAAGGGGGCAGGAAAUAUGGGUGCGAAUAUAGGAUAA